AUGAAGACCUACGCUGCUUUCGCUGCUUCCGCCCUCAUCGUGGCCACCACAAUGGACUCGACAUCGGCCAUGCAGUCAUACCUUGAGGAGAUCCCGAACGGCAGCUCGUUCGCGCAGGAUCUUGGCCACCCAGGCAAGGACAGCUCGAAGUUUACCAAGUUCGGUACGGCUUUCGGUGCAGCAGACCACACGUGGACGGCUGAGUUCUGCAAGGCCUCGUUCCCUGGUGCUUCAAUGACGAACGGUGAGGCGUUCGGUGACCCGUGUUGCACGUGGAAGAAGGGCGGCAAGCCGGACUUCACGGUGACGGCUUUCACGACGACGCCUGGCAAGGCAACCACUUGCGCUGCCGGUGGUAGUGCUGCUGGCGGCAGUGCCGCUGGAGCUGAGACUCCUUCAACAGAGACGAAGGGAUCGGGAGCCGAGACACAGGGAUCAAGUGCCGAGACCCCUUCGGCUGAGACUCCUUCGACUGAGACCGGCGGAUCUGGUGGAGAGACGGAGAGCUCUGGUGCCGAGACGCCAGAGACCGAAAGCUCCGGUGCCGAGACCCCUGAGUCCGAAAGCUCCGGUGCCGAGACACCAGAGACUGAAAGCUCGGGCGCCGAGACCCCUGAGACUCCUUCGUCCGAAGACAACCCUUCGCAGAUGUCGCCCACGACCGAGGCCCCCGCCACAAGCACAGGAGGCUCGAACAGCUGGAGCACUCCUUCGACUCCCGAAUCUGGCGGUUGGACCCCUCCUGCUGCUGGCGGCGGCUGUGCUGCUAAGGGCGCCCGCAAGUUCCGUCACUAA